AUGCAUAUGACCAUUAUUCAGUCUCCCUCCAGCGUAAUUUUGGAUCCAAGAGAGAGCCUCUCUCUCUCUCUUAUGUGUUUAGAUGCAAGUCACGUCCAGAUAAGCAUCCUGUGGUUGUUCGGCCAUGUUCAAAGACUGCAGAAGGUACUAGUAACAUGUUGA